CUAGUUGUUGCUGCCUGCCCUUUGGGGCUGUGCACCCAAAGCCACCCUGCUGUCCAUCAGUUUCUGUGAACUUGCCACGAGCCUUCACCCGGCUAGGCCCUGUAUACGCCGUUUCUUCUGCACCGGCUCUCUUGCUUUCACCAAUCCGCCUGGCUUUGGCUACCUCUUGGAGUCCAUCCCUGUUCGAUCCAGCCAGUCCACUGUGGGUUGUUCCUCUCUGGCUCAGGCCGCUUGGUGUAUUGUGGUCUUCCGGGUCAGGGCCAGCAGUUGAGGGGGUGCUUACCCAGGGUGCUUCAGUGUGGGUGGGUUUUGUCAGAGGAGUGUGGGCAUUGGUGGCCAGGAGUCUACAGAUCUCAGGCCAGUGCUGUAACGUACUUGCAGUGGGUAGAAUACUUCACCCUUCCAAGACUGUACCCUUAUCUCGGGGGUGGGGGUGGGGAACACGGCAGAAUUUUCACGAUAUUUUCAGGACAUCAGCCCCAGAAGCAGAAAAUCUAACGACGGAGUUUUGGGGUCUGAGUAUGUAGAGACAGACCAUCACUUUAGCUUUAUUUAAGCGUGGGAGGCGAGAGUGGGUGGAGCUGUAGAAAGGAUCCAGCAGGGUCAGGCGGUCAGGCGCAUAAUAGGAAUGGAGCUCCCGGUGAGAGUUUUUUAAAUAUUGGGUCAAUGAAGGAAUGGGUGAAGGCAAUCGCUUUCUGAAUCGGCCUUUCACCUUUUGGACUGGUCUGGUGCACCCAGGCUGCGCAGAGGCUGUGUCGCGAGAAAUCUCUCUUUAUAUGUCUGCCGGCUUGCAUAGUGAGCUCCUUGAAAAGCUCUGACUCCCUCAGAAGACCUCGAAGAAGGUUCCCAGAGCCUGCAGGCUGGAGCCGAACUCAGCUGGGGGAAGGAAGCCCCGCCCCCCAGCCGUGGGCUGAGGUCUCCUGGCAACCGCCUAACAAAGUCCCUUUGGGAUCAGCUACCUUUAGCGCCUGCGCCCAGCUUCCCUGAUCAGAGUGGCUGCAACUGUGCAGCAGGUGCAGGAGCCCACAGGUGUGCCUACUCACAGGGCCGUUCUGGUGUUGUACAAGAUGUCCCUGCGGGCCUGGGAAUGGGAGGAAGAGGGGAGAGCAAGCAUGGAUCCUGCCUCCUCCAUGGCUAGUGCUUACCAGUCAGCAAGCGAGUUUGAGGAGACGGAGGAGUACCUGAAAUCCAGGACCCCAGCUCAGGAGUGGGACUCUGAGGACCAGUUCAGCAGCCUGCAUUCCUCAGAAGGGCCUGUCUGCACCUAUAACUCUGAUGUGCCCCAGGUUGUCCCCUGCAGAUUCAUUAUCUCUCUGGCCUUCCCCGCAAUAACGGUUCAAAAGGGAAAAGUCACAAAUUUUAGUGAUAAAAAGAAAACCCCUAAACCAGACAACCGGUCUGCAAAAGCUCGUCGAUUCUACCACAUUGAGUACUUUUUCCUGCCUGAUGACGUAGAACCCAAAAAAGUUGAUAUCGUGGUGUUUCCUGGAGUGGCCAAAGUGUUUCUGGACUCAGGAAUAAAGACCGUGAAGCCAUGGAAAGAAGAUGACAAAAUCUGGGUGUCAUGGAGCCAGACCUUUAAUGUCAACAUGACAAAGGAAUUAUUAAAGAAAAUAAACUUUCACAAAAUCACUUUGAAUCUCUGGGACACCAGGGACAAAGUUUCUAAAAAAGUCAGAUACCACCGGCUGAAGACAGCUGUUUACACGGAAGACCCAGAAUCUUUUGAGGAAGUGAAACUUUUGGUUUUAAGUCAGAAAAGGUUGUCUACAAUUUCCAGUCAUAAGCCCAGCGUUGUCCCUGAGGAGUUGAAAGAAGAGAACCCACCAGGUGACCAAGAAAAGGCAGAAAAACACUUGAAGUCUCCACAAGAGCCUGAAAGCUCUUCUAAGAACAGUGAGGAAUGUGAGAAGUCACUCAAGACGGAAGACCCCUCUGGAUCUCGACGGACCCCGGCAAAAACACCUGUUUCUUUGGCUGGAACAACCAUGAUGGAGAUCAAUGAAAUUAUCGAGAAAGCCUCAUUGAGUAGCUUAACAAACAUGAUAGAAAAACAAAAGUCUCAAAUUAAAGGGAAAGAUUCAGAGGUGAAGAAGAAAAGUCCAAAGAAAGUGAAGAAAUAUCAGACAGAGGAGGAAGCAGACCCGAAGCUGCCAACAGCCGCCACCUGGAAGCCGAGUGUCUUUUCCAUCCAGCUCUCCGUCAUGCCUCUCCUUGCCGGCUGGCAAACGGUCAUCAGCCGUGGCAGCGAGAAGUCUGCCGACAUUUUAGAUUGCUUUUUGACUUUAAAAACUGAAGUUCCUAUCAUGACUGAAGAGCAAAAACAAGACUUGAACCCCUUGACCAUAAAGAUCAGGUGUGCCUCUUGCCUUCCGAUCCAGCCUUUAUCCAUUCAUGACCUGCAGAAGCUGUGCACCCCUGUGUACUGCAGAUACCAGUUCCACAAUACUCCAGUUCAUGAGACCAAGAGGGAGCCCCAUGGGACUCAUGUAUUUUUCCAGGAUAUCAAUGUCAUCUUCCUUGGGGCCAUGCAUCCCAGUGACCUGAGGGAAUACCUGGAAGGGCCCCCUAUGGUGGUUGAAGUCCAUGACAGGGACCGAAAGUCAGAGGAGUACUCCCGGAAGCCUGCCCUGUUUGGAGAGGACCCCGUGGAUUCGUACUUCAACCUCCAAGCUUUCAUCUCUCCCAAAGAUACAGAGAAUAACCCCUUUGAGUCCCAGAACAAGACAUGGGAUCCUUAUGGGGUUGCCCGGGUCAGCUUUGCUGACCUCCUCCUUGGUCAUAAGUUCUUGAACGUGGUUGUCCCCAUCCAUAACUGUGAGCCAAAGUCUGCCAGCCGGAACCAGGAUAGGAGGAACAAAAAGUCUGUAGGGUUCCGGGCCCCCACAGAUGGCCUCCAGCACAGCUCAAUACCUAUGGGCAACUACCUGGAGGCCAACUCUCUACUCAAGCUCCGAGUGGACAUCGCAGUGCCCCUGAGUGCUUGGUUCACUGCGCCUGAGCUCGACCUCAUGGGUACCCAGUUCGGCCGCAUCAUUUUUGUGUUCAACACCAAGAAGCUGGUCCUCCUGCAGGACCUGCUGCAGGACAUCACCAUGAUCAAUGCCAAAGCCUUGGACCUGGACAGUUACCCUGCCCAGGACAUCCAGCAGAUCCUGUCAGCCUUCAGGGUGCGUGUGAGGAUCCAAGAGCGACAGAACCUAGAUGUGCUCACUGGCUUCCACCUGCUGGAUGGAAAGAUCCAUCUUUUUAUUCUAGAAGGCUUGGCAGAACACGGCUUGAGGCGGCUGUGGGACAGUUACCAGAGCAGGGUUACUACCUCUAAUCAAGUGCCAUGCAAGGUGCUCUAUGACUCCAGGUUGCUCUUCCGCAGUCGCCUGUAUGCUGACCUGGAGACCAUUCUGUACCAUGUACACUUGUUCAGGCCUGUGUCGCUGCUCCUGCGGUACCCAGCGCUCUAUGUUCGUGGGGCUGUGCCACGCAUGGCAUUUCAGGCACUGGUCAGGAUCCAUGACAUCUGCCACAACAGCACCAGACUCAAGGAAGUGAUUAUGAGAGACCUGCUGCCUUCCUCCUCCAUGGUUAAAGACCUGAGCCAAGAGUUUGGGAUACCUGUUUCCCAGGAAGAACUCACAAAUGGAAAGCUGUUGGCCACAUUACCCCAGCCCACUCCCAAUGAAGAGAAUGUCCAGCGUCAGGCUUCUACCCUCCCAGGGGACAUCCAGACCCACCAGGAAAAGUACCUGCAGUGGCGGAACAACAUGCUGCUGAAGAACCAAGGCUAUAGGGAUAGCCUUGUUCAGAAAAAUAUCACAGAAGCCUACCAGUUCACCAAAAAGCCCCCGAAGUCAACAGUGAAGACAGUUAGAAUUGCCAUUCCUAAGAACAAAGGUGUCCACAACUACAGUAUCCAGACCCUGAAUUCCACAGAGCUUGCUAAGAAGGAGAUGUUUACAGAGAUGGCCAAAGAGCCAAUGAAGCGAUUCACAUAUUCACAAAAUUACCUCUCAGCUAUGGUGGAUCCUCAGGACCCAAAGGAAGAAGAGAAGAAAGCCCAGAAGAAGUCCCGCCAGGCCUGGCUCACACCUGGUGGGUUCCAAGUGUGGGGUCUUCAGAGCGCCACUGGAAGCUGCCAGCAGGAUCUGAGACUUUCAUCCAUCAAAGAGACGAAUGAGGAAUGGCAGGAAAGUGCACUGUUUGCCAACGUGCUGAAGCCUGUGUUGGAUCGGGAUAGGUGGAGCUGGAGCCAGCGACACCAGGACUUUGAUCUGUAUAAGAAGCCACCACUUUACCUUCAGGUGGCCCCUCUUCCAGCUAAAAAGCCUGCAGCUGGUAGGAGAAAGAAGGCAAGCAUCCAGUCUCCUGAACGGCACAGACAGAGUCAAGUCACAACAAACAUACCUAGUUCCCAGGACAGUCUCUCUGUGCAUGAAGAUUUACUGUCUCUCAAUGACCAGCACCAGAUACUAGGGACCCCGUCUCACCUCGAUCCUACUUCCGGUGAAUCUUCAGUGGGACCACAUCACGGGAGUUCCUCCUUUCCCAGCCGCUGGCUUCAUUAACGUUUGGAUGAUGGAGGGGCUUAGCCCAGUCAUCGUGACCCUGUUGCAAAUGCACUCUGGUUCCAAGAGCAGGCUGUUCAGUGUGUCUGGCCUGUUUUUGUUUUAUUUAUUUUUUAAUAUGGGGGCACGUGGAGCUCACCUGGUGAUCAUGAUUCCAGAGCCCAGAGUGGAUGGAGCAGCUGGCAUGUGAUAGCAUGGUCUUCGUGCCUUACAGGUGGAUAAGGAUGCUGGUCACCCACUUCAACACAGUGAUCUGGAGCAAAUGCUCAGAGUGGACACCUGCCACUGCCCAUGGCCCUCCUAGAACUACUCCUUUGCUCUUUCAGUCGUCCUUUGCUCUUCAGCAACUUGGGACCAAUGGCUCCUUUCCCUUGGUGUUAUGGGAGUCUGGUGUCAGUUGCCUCGUGUUCCCCCUUCGUUAUGUGGCAGUUGUCAAGGCAAGGCCAAAACCCAGAAAUUGUCUAUAAUUCAAGGCCAACACUCAGCGAGCUCAACCCCACCUUCAGCAACAAGAGCCCCAUAGAGCAGCCCCCUGCAUCCAGCCCUUGGGGUGACUCCUCUUUAUUAUAGGGAGCUUUCCUCUACCAGGAAGGUGCCCAGGAGAAGUCUAUAGAAGCUCAACUUGCAGGGCUCCCAUGCAGGUACUAUAGGCCAACAGCCCCAGCUCACAGUGAUCAAAGUUUCUAUUCUAGACAUGGCCGCAGAGGUGGAAACUAGGCACAAAAUAAUCCCAUGGCUGUUGGUUUGUAGGUGCUGUGGGUGGUGUGUCCCAGGUAGGCAGGCAAGCCCUACUUAUCUUCCAAAAUGGAAUAUCACCUUCUCAACAGUUUGGCAAAAUUAAUACACCUCCAGUUCCAUCUUGCCCGCAUUGUCCUUAUAGGGCAAAAAAACAGUUACUUAGUACCUCUCCCAACACACCCUACUUGACUCACUUGACACAGCUGGUGGCCCCAGGUAGACAGGGCAGAGAUGGAGUAGCACAUUGAAAUGCCCUCCCACUGACCCUAGAAAAGCCUAGGGGCUGGUCAUAUCCCUCUGGAGUAGAAAUACCAGAAGGAAAUCCAAAUGUGGAAGGCACAUGUGCUGUGCCUACUCACCCCAAGAUUGAAGUAUACAAACAAGACUGCCUCUACUCCCAGGUCUGUAAUUCAGCCUAGCAAGUCCCAAAGCCUCCAGGCAGUGGUUUCUGUGGUCACUUUGCCUCCUUUAAUCUCACUACAGGAUGUCCACAGUGCUGUGACUUAAGGCCUGGCAGCAUGGAGCUCUGUCUUCUCCUGUGGCUGUGCAUGUGGGUUGCUUGCGUAUAGCAUGGUUCUCUCGGCCUAUCAGGGAACAGCCAGCCAUAUGGAAUACAUGAGGCGUAUCUGGGACCAAAAGCAGGUGAUGAGGCCUUCCACUGGGGAAACAGCCUUGGGACAAAUCAAGAGCAUGAGGACGCCUGUCAUUCUACAGUAGCUGUGCAGCUCAGCCCUCUCCCUGUUUAAGAGUCUGACUGCUGCAUGCUCCAUGACAACUGUUGAAUCAGCCCAUCCUGUUUCUAGUCCCUGCUCCCAAUAGGAGUGCCCUAAACCAAGUCAUUUUCAUGCAUAAAACCUCCUAUGGUUUCCAAAAGUCCUGUGUCAUUCAAGCCCUUCUACAGUCUGGUUCUUUUCCUAACUGCCUCAUUCACUUUUUGUGUCCCUGUUCUUACCCUGUUCUAAUAAAUGAGCCAGUCCACAAGAAGGA